GUUGUUUACAAACAGUAGCCUGCCUAGGCUGUGUUCUUUCGCUUCUUCGAUUACGGCGCCUUUGAUGUAUACUAGAAUUAACGAAAAUGGACGAAUGUAAAACAUUUUUCCACCGGUUCGUUCACCUCGAUCUCAAGGGAGCCGCCUUCAAAGUUUCCUAUUACGAGCAGCUACUGCCACUUAUCGCAAGAAUCGGGGCAACUGGAGUUUUGAUUGAAUAUGAGGACACUUUUCCUUACACUGGGGACCUCGCUGACCUCAAGCAUCCGGAGGCGUAUUCCCAAGAUUGCGUUAUGCAGAUUAUACAGAUAGCCAAGCUUUCGAGUCUAGUAGUCGUACCCCUGGUGCAGACGUUCGGGCAUUUAGAGUUCGUCCUGAAGCGACCCAAGUUCUUCGAGUUCAGAGAAGUUGCUCGGUACCCGAACGUUCUCUGCCCGUCUCACCCAAAGUCGUCUUCCUUAAUCGAGGAAAUGGUGACGCAAGUGAUGCAGCUUCAUUCAGAUUCCCAGUGGUUUCAUUUAGGCGCUGAUGAGGUGUGGCACCUGGGCCAGUGUGAGAGGUGUCGCACAGUCAUGGUGGACAAGCAGUGGGGCAAAGACCACCUGUACGUGGACUACUUGUCAAGAAUUGUGGGCACACUGCACAAGAAGUACCCUAUGCUGAAGUUCAUUGUUUGGGACGACAUGAUGCGUGACAUGGACCCACAAAUAAUCACUGGUGCAGGACUGCAUCACCUUGUGGAGCCCAUGGUUUGGCAUUACUUUCCUCAGUCAGAAUUCCGGCUCAAGCAAAGUAUGUGGGACAAGUACCUUUCCAUAUUCCCAAAUUUAUGGAUUGGCAGUGCCUUCAAGGGGGCUACAAAGAUAAAUCAGAUGUUGACGCCUACGUCCUUCCAUAUCAGCAACCAUGAAGCCUGGAAUAAGGUCCUCAUGGAUAACAUGCAACAUGGGACAUCCUUCAGGGGCAUAGCCCUCACUGGUUGGCAGCGGUUUGACCACUUCACUGUCCUCUGCGAGCUAUUACCUGCGGCCAUUCCUUGCUUGGCAAUGUGCCUAAAGACAAUCAUGGCAAGAACAGGCCUGACCUCUGAAGCUCUUACUGAGGUGUCACAAUCUAUUGGCUACUUUGGCAACAUCGAGAUGGAGGUCUUUCCAAGACCACAGGCAGUGCCACCUGUGCCAAAUUUCCCCGGGGGAAAGUUGCACGUAUCCGUGUUGCACUUAAGCAAUGUGAUUGCAGAAUUGGAACAAGUGCUUCUAAACCCAAGCGUGCAAGGUGGAUUCCAUGAGUUUCUAGUGGCUCACAACAGGACGAACCCACUUCAUGUUGACCAGUUUGUCAACACAGCUCGAAAGCUUCUGGUGAACAUCGAGUCUUUGUAUCGAGACAUUACGAAGGAGCUCUCUGACAUCUACUACCAAAGCACGGUCGAAGAGUGGCUCUCUACUUAUAUCAGCCCAUAUCGCGAGAAGCUGAAGAAACUGGUCAGCGAUGCAGACUUGCAAAUAGCCGUUAAUGUGCCUAUGUGAUUUGCAGACACAAUUGUAGGCACCGAACAUGUGUGUAUUUGUGUUAUCGUAAUAUUACUAUUCUUUAAUAUUACAUAAAAACAGUAUGACUUAGUCACUAGACUGAUGGACAGAUUUGUCGUCUAUUUUGUGGUCAUCGUUCUUGGAACUGUAAGUAGAUAUAAUAUUCGUUCUUUUGUCUUGUAGAAUUGUGAAAUGUUCUUAUGACGUAAAAUGAUUAACAGUGAACAGAGAGACCUGUUCGUUUAGCUUUAAGCAGACUGGGUAUAAAGAAUUUUAAUAGUGUAUGCGUGUGACUUCGCUUCCUGUAUUCUCCUGAAAACUCGUCAUGGUAAGUUUUUUUUUUAAUGUUUUCUUCUACUUGAAGAACUUAUUCUAGUUUCUAGAAAAAAAAAUGGCAACCAUUUUUCUGAAAACUCCUCUGCAUUUUUUUCUGAAGUUUUUCAGGGUAGGUCAAGAUCCAUGCUGAUGGCCUGACAUUUUGUAAAUUACUAUUGUUAUACUCUUCUCUAUAUGGUGUUAUAAUGGCAAGGUUUUCAGUCGGCUUAGCAAUGCAAGCAUAUGUGGCAGUAUUGUUGGUGGUGCACUCAAAGCACAUCUCUUAACACACUGCAGAUGCAUCGACAAUGAUGACAUGCUGCAUGACAGAGCUGAUGCGACAAUGAAACUCAUUGAAAAUGCAUGAUUCUAAAAGACUAUGGCCGUGUAUACUAGCUAACUAAUGUUUGGGGGUAUUCCAGUCUGCAUGCAAAUGUAACACGAAAUUUGAGGUGCAUCAUAAAAACGAACCAAUUCUAAUAGCAACAAUAGAGAGUUUUAGCACUGCUCAUGUAGUUUUCAUAACAACAUUCCAUAUGCAGCACUAAAGCUCGCUAAUAUUGCUUUGCUAGAGCGAUUAAGGCAAGCUCGGCGUUUUUUUUUGCGAUAAUGCACAAAUUUUUGCGAUAAUGCACUUAAAGAACAUGUCUAAACUGCCAGAGUUCACCCUAAAGGUUUAUUAAACGCACGCAUGCACUGAAGAGUUUUCUGGAAAAAUUGAAUCUGUGGAUAGGGCAAAUAGCGUUGAUACGGAAGAGUGAUAAUGCACAUGUGUAUUACUUACGGUAAAUAUACUAUUGCAUUCUCUAUAUGUAAGCAAUGCUUUUUAGACUUAGAAUGCUUUGGUUGCAUGCCGCAUUCUUAUCGCCUGCUCGUGAGCAAAACACUGCCAUUGUGUGUGUCAAAUUUUUGCUCUUUAUUUUAUCUGUCUUUUCGAUUAUAUAUAUAUAUUGUGUAGCAGGAUCAGUGAAGUGGAUAAUAUGCUGCUACGAACAGAGUUCAGUAUAUCUUUACACUUCACCUAAUAUAUGCCUGGCUACCAGCGAUCUUCUGUGUCGGUCUUUCGUGCUUCUUUUCUCCCCUUUUCUUCGCCUUUUAUUUGCUUGUGCUGCUGGUUAUUAUGUUGAUUUGCAUGAAAGUCUGUUGCAGCUGUGAGUUUAUUCGUAGCUUUUGGUGUUGUGUGGCAAUGUGAACACGAUGCAGUUUUAUUGAAUAAGUGGCUCUGUUAUGCACUUAGUGUCAUUCCAGGAUAACUGUUGCGUGGAAGCAGGCUCUGCUAUGGAACGGUCCAGAUUUGCGUGUCAUACAAAAAGCUCUGUGCUCGUUGUAGCCGCAAAUGAGUAAGUACGCACAGCCUGCAAUAUCAUGUGAUCAAGUUGCGAAAAUUACCUUUCUUUUGUCAGUUUGUAAAUCUGUAAGAAAAUGAAGGCAUCUAUCAUAAGCAAUAUAAAAAGAAGAAAACAAAUGUAAAACACAGCUGCCUUUAUGCAGUGCUUAAAAGUUCGCAGAAACUGUUGAAUUUUUAGUAGCAUCGAGCUCAUAGUAUUUCAAUAGAGAAAUGAGACUUCACUCAAGAGUUAUUCUUUGCCUCAAAGAUUUCCUCACCAGGUCUGAGCAUAGAAAACAAGUAGGCGUGGCACGUAGAUCACUUAGUGGUGACUGUGUCCUCAAAGUAUGCACUAAAGCCUGCAUGCACCAUAAAGCAAAAUGAAUAAAAGGAAAAAAAAAAAAAAUAAAGUGAGGCUUUUCACGUCACCAGACCUAACGAGCUUUCUUGUCUCCAGCACUUGGGAAAAUGCCAAAAAGUACAUCGCUUGCAGACAAUAGCUGAGGCAAAGGGCAACAGUGUCUACUUUGGCAGUGAAGAUCAUUUCCUUGAGACACGGUUACAGAACAGCUCUGUUUGAGCUUGUCCACUGCGAAGAUUUCAUUUCUCCCUAGACAGCAGCUUGCAACUUGCAAUUUGCAUCCAAGAUUAUCCUGCAUAGGAGUGCUUUAGUGUCACUGCAGCCCCAUGCUUGUUGGGCAAUACGGUGCUGCCUUCAAGGCGUGUUCGAUAUAUUAUCACUGAAAGCUGUGGGCGCAAUAAUGUCACUGACUGGAUGAAGCGAACUGUAGUUAUACCUCUUUAAGGCAGGCGUAGAAGAUACAAGCACAGCCCUUCAAGUUGCAGCACCCACUGUUGUGAAAGACUGAGUGCAUAACAUCCUAGAAUCACAAGCACUGAAGAAAACAAUUUAUGUUGCAUUGUACGAAUCAAAGAUCUCUUAUCAGACGUACGGCAACAUUGUAUGUAUUGUAGAAGAGGAAAAAGUGAAAUUUUGUCAUUUACAUUGCGGUUUUUAGGCUCCAGUAUGUGGUGAUGUCACGGUUUCUUUUAUUUUUUCGUGUAGUAGUUGUCAAGCAUACAUCUCAUUUAUGGGUACGUCCUAAGUGCACUGCAAACGCAACACUUUGCCAUUUUCAGUCUUAUGCAUGAACUUUCUUUCCGAUGCACGAUAAUGGAGUCCCAAUUAAUGGAUGCAACGAAACAUAAUUCCAAAUGGAGAAAUGCAUAUCUUAUUUUCUGUGUGUUCUUAUUAGCAAUAAGUAUGCAAAUGUGUUUGUAUACUUUAGCAGAGACCUCUUGCAUAACGAGUGUGUGUAUACGUGUGUAGUUUGCAAAAACUAACAAAUGUGCAGCCUGUGUGUUUUAUACAGGCGCUUGUGUGAAUGUAAAUCGGAAAUGCAAGGCGAAGGAGCCAUCUUGUAUGCUGUGUGUGUGCAAGAAUUGACAUUCCACAGGGUAGGCAAAAAGCCUGGACAUCACCAUAACCGAAACGGUGGUGUCGAGAUUGGACUGGUGAAGGUAGCAGUAAGAUAUGUUGCUUGGUUAAAAAAAAUCGUCACUUGGACUGCCAAUAGAACUGCAUUUCAAAUCUCGCUGAUGCUAGCCAAAAAGUGUGCCAUUUUUUAAAUGUUUCCUUUAGUGAUCCUAUUUUUUUCCUGCAAGCUCAUCGGGAGAAUGACAAGCCAAUGCUUACUUAUCGUGAUACCGAUUGGCGGUCAUUUUUACAUGCACACUGUGAUUUUUGCUCUAUAAGAGAACGAUCUCAGCAUGUGAAGAACUGCAGAUAUAUAAAAGUGUUUCAAUACUACAA